CCCCAUUUCCCCGUCCUACGCCCUACCCCGUCACUAUUUGCAAACUGGCCCCAAGGCCUGGGGUCCCCGUGAGGGGAGUGGGGAACUGUGGGAAUAGGAGGGGGAAGGUGAGACAUCAGGUAGGUGGUGAGGGAGAGCAUUCCUAAGUCCUGGGGCCCCAGUCCUCUUAGAAAUUCUGACUGUCCCUUCAUCCCCAGCGGGAGGGCGGCAACCCUGCAGCUCCAGAAGCUUCCCGUGCCUCCCUCCUGGUUUCCCUCGGUUACCAGAGCCAGAGCCUCUUCACCCCAGGCUCCCAGGGAAGACAGCGCUGCUCACUGACACCCUCAGCUGCAGACUGGUGAUUCCAGGCCAGACUGAGGCCCACCUGUGAAGUCCCCAUCUGAACCAAGGACCGGCCAGUCUGAGAAGUUUCCUGUUGCAAGGUCACCAAGGGGCUUCGUGUUCCUUCCUUGCCAGGCCCCAGCAUGCAGGGCACCCUAACACCACCAUUAGUGUCCGUCCCCAGCCAGUCCACAGUCUCCAACCAGGGCCCGCCGCCCACUGCAAGCCAGAUUUCAAACGUAGGCCCACAGCCUUCGAAGACCGUGUCCUCCUCAGGCCCACUCCCAGCAAAGAGCAAGCCCACAAAUGUGCGUCACAUGCGCCGGAUCAUCGCUGAGGAUGCUGAGUGGUCACUGGCCAUUGUGCCCCUCCUCACAGAGCUCUGCAUUCAGCACAUCAUCAAGAACUUCGAGAAAAACCCUAUUCUGAAGCAGCUGCUCCCAGAGCACCAGCAGAAGGUCUUGAACCACCUGUCCCCUGACCUGCCGCUGGCUGUGACGGCCAACUUGAUCGAAGAUGAGAACUACUGGCGUCACUGCUGCACGACGCGCUGGCCGGUGUGCCACGUGGCCAAGCAUGGCGGCAGCUGGAAACACAUGUUCUUCGAGAGGCACUUGGAGAACUUGCUGAAGCACUUCAUCCCGGGUACCACGGACCCCAGCGUCAUCCUCGACUUGCUGCCCCUCUGCAGGAACUACGUGCGCAGGAUCCGUGUGGAUCAGUUCCUUCCACCAGUGCAGCUCCCAACCUCGCCGCUGACCCGGGAGCUGUCCGAGUCGGAAAGCGAGGUGGAGUCGGAGGAGCCCACCAUGGACCACUACCAGCUGGGCGAUCUGGUGGCCGGCCUGAUCCACCUGGAGGAGCUGGACCUGGUGUACGGUGUCAAAGACUGUGGCAUGAACUUCGAGUGGAACCUCUUCCUUUUCACCUACCGAGACUGUCACUCCUUGGCGGCCACCAUCAAGGCAUGCCACACCCUUAAGAUCUUCAGGCUGACUCGAAGCAAGGUGGACGAUGAGAAGGCCCGCAUCCUGAUCCGCAGCCUGCUUGACCACCCAGCCCUCAGGGAGCUGGACCUGUCGCACAACCUCAUUGGGGACCGUGGUGCAUGUGCUGCUGCAAAGCUGCUCAGCCACAGCCGCCUGCGCGUGCUUAACCUGGCCAACAACCAAGUACGUGGGCCGGGCGCGCAGUCGUUGGCUCACGCCCUGGCACACAACACCAACCUCAUUUCCCUCAACCUACGCCUCAACUGCCUCGAAGAUGAGGGCGGCCAGGCACUUGCCCAUGCCUUGCAGACCAACAAGUGCCUUACCACACUGAACCUUGGUGGCAAUGAGUUGUCCGAGCCCACAGCCACGCUCCUCGCCCAGGUGCUUGCCAUCAACACUACGCUCACCAGCAUCAACCUGUCCUGCAACCACAUCGGGCUGGAUGGUGGCAAGCAGCUCCUGGAAGGCAUGUCAGACAACAAGACCCUCCUGGAAUUUGACCUCCGCCUAUCAGAUGUAGCCCAGGAGAGCGAGUACCUCAUUGGCCAGGCCCUCUGUGCCAACCGGGAAGCUGCCCGUCAGCGGACCUUGAAUCCUGGCUAUUUGACGUCUCCCAUCAUUGCCAAUGACCCUGAUCAUUCUGUGGAAUAAGAGUGGGGACAGGGACCUGACUUGGGUCUUUACCUCAGCUCCAUCGGGAAUUUCAUGCUUUUGCUGGGCACUCUGCUGCAGAAUGUCACAGUGGUUCAGAGGAAGGGGGAGGGGAGACCAGUCCUUGAAGUAUGUGAUAGAGGGUCAUAGGCAAACCGAUGGGAGGUGGGGAAGGGGAACUGAGAUAGGGAAAGAAGCAGUAUAAAGCAGACACCUAGUUUUGGGACCCAGAAAAAGGAUUACUGGACCCCACAAAUGACCAACUCCUUCCAGCAAUAGGUAAGGCAGAGAAGACUCUGAGGACUGUACCUGAUCAGACAGGUUUUCUCCUGUGAGGGCUGCCCACCUCCCUGGCUCACCACUCCCAUAUUCCUCUCUACUGCGCAGAUCCUUAACCUUCAAGUACAUAUACACAUUCUCUCCCUCUUCCUCUCUCUCACUCUCUCCUUCUCCUUCUCCCUCUCUCUCUCCCCUCUGGCUACAGUAGAAUCAUGCCUGGCUCUUUCUGCCACCUUCCUGUUGCCUGAUUCUAUAGGGUCAUGUUGGUCACAUUCUAUAGGUCACACCAUCCCCUAAUCCCCAACUCUCAAUUUGAGAAAGGGACAAUGGGUGACAGGAGCUCAGACCUCCCUUGAGGAGGCAAUCGUAGAGAAUGACUGCUGAGGAAGUGUGGUAUUACUCCUGCCAUCCACCCCAGGGAGCUUCUUGCAGGACAAAGGAGAUAGGGAAGCAGCGCACACUGGGAAAGAGAGAUCAGUGAGUCAUCCGCAACUUUAUUAUCCACCAGUUUGAUUUGUACAAUCUUUGCGCUUGGAU